AUGGCGCCCAUAGAGCCGGACCACAACGCCGUCGAGCGCCAGCUCAAAAUGAUCCUGCAGAUCCUCUACGAGACCAUGAUCCAGGUCGCCACCUAUGACGCCAACACGGGGCCCUCCACCACCACCGCCACCAACGGCAACGCAACCCCCUCGCGCCUCCCCCCAACCACCAGCAGCGGCCCCUCCUCGUCCUCCUCCUCCACCACCAACACCACGCCACCGACGCGCGAGGUCCUCGCCGCCCAGCUCACCCACCUCUCCUCCGCACUACAGGCCGUCCACACCCUAGCCGCCGAGGCCGGAGCCGCCGGCUCGCUGUCCGAGGUGCCGCGCGAGCUCAUCACCUACGUCGACGGCGGGCGCAACCCGGACAUCUACACGCGCGAGUUCGUCGAGCUGGUGCGCCGCAAGAACCAGCUCAUGAAGGGCAAGAUGGGGGCCUUUGGUUCGUUCCGCGACAUCUUGGCACGCGAGAUUGCGACUGCGAACCCGGAGCUGCGGGAGGAUGUGGCUCGGGUCGUGGUGGGGACGGGAGGGGAGUGGCCUCCUAAGGCGGAGGGUCCGCAGUGA